CCAACGACAACAGCUCGUUAGAUUCUGGACCAGUACACACCACCACUACGAUCAUUCUCGAUACACAAAUUUGGUCACUUCGAGGUCAUACAGAUGGGCCAUUGUUGACUAUCCGACGACCUCCCUCUUCCCGUCCAUUCCUGUCGGCUAAUUCUGGCUGACCUACGUGAGGCAUUUUUCGCCUCUCCGGACGACUCCACUCCCGGUCGCGACAGCGACUCCUCGACGAAUACCACCAAGUUGGCGGGGUCUCAGGCAGUUCAGUUCGUUCAGAUCCGACCUCUGCUCGGGCCAAGCUGGUUCGUCGGAGGCGACAUCAAGCAACCCCCAUAACUCGACCGACCGAGACCAGCACCGAUUGCGAUCAAUUGCAAUCGCACAAAACGCAUACAGUAGAACCGAUGGGAUAAAUUGUAGGAAUUAGGUCAAGGCGUGUGAGAGCCCAGGACGACAACCUGGCUCAAAUCAAGGACUCGAGACUGUCCAGCGGACGGACAGCACUAAGGACUCGACGAUAACUUCGGCUGCAGCAGUAGAGGAUAAAAGUUUCGUUCAGGGAAUACAGAACACAGGCGACAAAAUGCAUACCCCACGAUCCGAGAAGUCGCAAACGCGAUACAGCACGCCCGAGCCGGACUUGGAUGACCACAGGAACCAGCCAGAGAGCCUUCCUCCAGCGCCUGCUGCGGAGAGCUACUUUCAGGCCCGGCGCGGGACGCUGGCAAGCAUUGUGGAUGGCGAGAGGCCACAAAUCCCAAGACUGCAGCUACCAGUCGAAGCGCACGGCACAAUCGCGCGAGACUUUGAGAAUGCCAUCGCCGACGAUGACAAGAGCUUGAAGAGCAAUAGGUCCCGCAAGUCGACUAUCGUUCGCUCUCCAGACGAAGAAUGGCAUCGUGAGAGGCGUAUGCAUCAUGAACGACGAGGCACAGGCAGCCCAGUUCCCGCUCGGCGCGCGAACUUCAGACGUGCAGGAAAUAAUGACGGAGACGCUGAUUCUGUCCGGUCCAAUGCCUCAAAUGACUCGACCUCGCCACCAAACUCCGUGGACGCAUUCGCACCACCGGUUCGACGAGGCAGAGCUGGCACCGUAAACAGCAAGGCACCAUCCACCGCUGGGUCUCUGCACCGCACUGCCUCUAAUACGACCCAUCCGAGAAGACGACCUACUUUCGGUGAGGAAGAUGCCGCCGUGCGCAUCAAAUCAGACGUGGCAUCCCACCGUAGCUCUGCAAUUGAGGACGUAUGCUUUCCUCCAGAAGAGCCGCCAAAUACCUACACCAUUGACUUCGAGGACCUCGAGGAAUUUGUAGCUCAGACGCACACCAAGACCCCCGUCGCUCACCCCUUCAUGCCACAAUUCAGCGCCACCGCAGCGCCUCGAGUUUUCAACGAUCAACGUCAGAAUAAUCCAGCCACAAACUACUUCGUCGACGUUGAGCGAUUUGCAAAUGGCGCAUGCAAUGCCCCAGGCGAUGAGAAAGAGAACGGUGCCUCGAGCGACGAAUCCGGUGACGGGCUCAAGCAGACCGCAAGCGUAACCGAGCUCCCAAUGAAUCGCUGGACCUUCUUCUCUUCUGAGAUCGACGAAACUAUCCACGCACCAGAGCUGGGCAGCCUCUUGAUGCCCGGCGAGACGUUCCGCGACCUUUUCGAGCUUGGGCCCGAGGGUGGUGUAUGGUGGCUUGAUAUGCUCAACCCAUCAGAAGAGGAGAUCUUCGCAAUUUGCAGCGCCUUCCGCGUCCACCCUUUGACUCGCGAGGACAUCACCACUCAGGAAACGCGCGAGAAAGUCGAGCUCUUUAAGACGUAUUACUUCCUGUGCUUCAGGUCCUGCUACAUGGUCGACCCAAAACACGAGGACUAUCUCGAGCCAAUCAACAUCUAUGCUGUGGUAUUCCGCGAAGGUCUCCUGACCUUCUCAUUCUGCCCCAACAACCACGCCGCCACGGUUCGCAAGCGUAUCGGACGCCUUCGCGAUUACGUCAACCUCUCCGCCGACUGGAUCUGUUACGCCCUGAUAGACGAAAUAGUCGACUCUUUCGCCCCUGUCCUUCGCGAAGUCGAGCACGAGACCGACAAAAUCGAAGACUCAGUCUUCACCGCCCGCUUCGAAGACUCUCGCGCCAUGCUCCAAGGCAUCGGCGAAUGUCGCAAACGCAUCAUGGCUCUCACUCGGCUCUUGGGAGGUAAAGCCGACGUCAUCAAAUCUUUCGCCAAAAAGUGCAACGAAGCCUACGCGAUUGCACCUCGCGGCGACGUCGGACUCUACCUCUCCGACGUUCAAGACCACAUUGUCACCAUGAUGUCCAAUCUCGGGCACUUUGAAAAAAUGCUCAGUCGCAGCCAUACCAACCAUCUCACGCAGAUCACUCUGCAGCAUACGGAGCAAGGCUCUCGUGCUAACGAACUGCUGGGCAAAAUCACGGUUUUGGCUACGAUUCUGGUGCCGAUGAAUCUUGUGGCGGGUCUGUUUGGUAUGAAUGUUCACGUUCCGGGACAGGAUGAUAAGGGGUUGGGUUGGUGGUUCGGGAUUGUCGGGGUUGUGUUUUUGCUUGCGGUGACGUGUGUUACUGUUGCGAAGAGGUUUAGGUAUAUUUGAGUUUUGUGUUCUCUUUUGGGGAUUGGGGGAGAUGGUUGGAUGGGAUACACGGUACUUGAAAAAAGCGAACGGAAAGUCAAUACAAAAAGAGCAAUGGGAAGAGAUGAGGUCGAUGAUGCGAGAAUUGCAACGAGGAUGUUGAGGUUGUUUGUUUUGCGCGUUUUUGCAACUAGCUUGAGAAGUACUGUCGACAGUGAUUGCUAAAGUUUUGUGGCUUCUUGUUUAGAUGAUGUACAGAGCGACGAAGUCAAGUAGACGGCCUAUUGUCAAGCGAUUGAUUAAUACAAUUUAUGUACAGAGCGACCGCGUAUGUGCAAUGUCCUUCCAGAC